AUGUCAGACUCCAGCACAUCGCAAACCGACGGCGACGAGGAGAAAAUCCGCCACCUCCACGCCGAGCUCAAGCGCUACAAACCCAAAGAAACAUUGACGCUCUGCCCCCGAAACCCAGGUAUACCGUACGGUCUCCCAGAGUACGGAGAAGAAACCCGCCCCGAGUCCAACGAGUGGCUCCUCCCAAAUUUUGACCCGACAAUCGACCAGCCGGAUCACGAAGCACAAGUAGAGGUCAUAUCAUACUUAAAGGGCGACAUCCAUCGCGAUGCCCUGGUCCUGCUAUGCAACAUCACAAAGGCGCCAUCCAUCAGACACGGCGCUCAUCAUCCUCUCGUUCCCGGACGCAAGUUCGUGCUGAAAGUGUACAACCCGACUUUCUACCUGAGCGCGCGCACGCCAAGCGAGCUUGCCAAUCAGUCCCUGAGUCGGGAGGCGAAUGCCUACGAGUACUUUUACAACCAGGGCAUGACGGGCCAUCCUCACAUGGUGCCGCAGUACUACGGUAGCUGGGCUCUCAAGUUCGACGUCAGCGAGCCGUCCCGUGGCUCCCGCUCACCCAAGACACGUCGUUGGAGAUGUGCGGGAGCAAUACUCAUCGAGCACAUCCAAGGUCUCUCGCUCGAGCAUAUGUGCAAGCGAGACGAAGGCGGAGCCAUGAACACCGACGAGGCAUUCCUUCCCUUUCCCGACUCGGAUUCUGUAAGCGGCAGCGAAAAGAAAGGAAUUCCACUGAACGAGAUGCCAGCCCGACUGAAAGUUUUCAAGUAA